AACGCCGUAACGUCGCGACGUCUGGAUACCGCCUCUUUUCCCUACGAUACCGUCUCCAGCAAAACCGUGAAACGCAAUAUUGAAAAAUGAGACACCGAUUUGACGCAGUAAAAAACCAUCUUGCGAGAUCAGCGCCGCUCCGUAUCGCUCCGGUUGCCGCACGGCCACGGCCGCAAGUAUAGCGGAUCCCGCGAGAAGGAAGACGAAUGUAACGGACGCGGUGCAUUUUUGGCGAGAGAAUAGCUUCGCCGAAUCAGUGCGGUCUCAAGCCGCAAGUGACUACGAUGUCAAAGUGAUCUUUGCAAUUGAUCGAACGACAGACGUGUGUCAUCCAUCAUGCAGAGACCUGGACUGCAGUUCGUGACUUUGCUGUUAUCCUCGUGGAUAGUGAUAGGGAUAUCAGUGGUCUCAGGACUUUACUUCCCGCAAUCGAACCUCAUUCUAAAGUUUCCGCACUCGGCUCGAUACGGCGAGAUCAAAUUAAUCGGCCUUAGGACCCUUCGGAACGACUCCAGUGCACCGCAGAACGUGGAGUAUCAGAUUCUCAUGCCGCGGGACGAGUCUGUAAUUUAUCUCAAAAAUACGAGCGUCAUGCUGCGGAGUCUUCCGAAAAAUGGCGUCCUCAAUGUCGUUAUCAAAGCGACGGAAAAGAAUUUUGGUGAAGCGGUGCUGGAAAUGAAAGUGCAAGCAGUACCGGUGACAGGCAAAACAAUCAAUUGUGCAGAUUUCAUGCAGGACAUGUGCUUCUGGGACACGUCGAGAUACAAGAUUUAUGAGAAUCAACCGGUCACCAUGAUUGGCAUGUUCGGCCCGGAGGCAUACAGCCACGUAUGCCCCGAAUUUCCCGUCACCAGAUAUGAAUUAUUGAAUGGAACGGACUAUUUUCACGUAGUCGACGGUAAGUUAUUUGCGAACGCAUCCUUAGACCGAGAUGUUAUCGGACCUCCGGCAGGACCUGGACCUCACGUCAAGAUUCACGUGAGAUGUGUCGUUUGGGAAGAAAAGACCGGGAUGCAGCACGUGCAAACGGACGUCCUCGCCAUCGACGUCCUGGACGAGGACGACAAUCCUCCGAUGGUGCAAGGGGAGACUUCCAUCGCUAUAACACUCGAGGAAUUCUCCAAGGAUUCUAGAUUGGUAGACGAGAAUCGUUUGGUCCUGACGGAUGUGGAUGCGGUGACCAGCAACCAGUACAGCAUUCGCCUGCUCAAUGACACCGCCAACGCAUUGAAUAUGAGUCACAACAUUCUGCCGAUCGAGCAUCACACGCGCCCGAAUGAAGCGCCUUCCACUGGCAUAUUUCCCAUGAUCUACGCCAAGAAGACGCUGCUGCCGAAAUCGCCGUAUCGCGUAAUUCUUCAGGUCACGGAUGAGUCGCUUCUCCCGGGAUACGGGGCAAAUUCGGUAAACAUCAGCAUAACUUUCUCGGGGCCGGUGCAUCAGUCGUUAACAACCGUGACACCACCAACUGUCGCCUCGUUCUCGUAUCCGUCGAAUGUGAAGAUAGCCCGGAUUUCGCCCAAGUAUCUACGCGUGGCGAGACCGAGCGUGAAGCCGCAUCCUUCGAUAACUUUCGUCCUGAACGGCUCGAGUGCCUUCAACGUCACCGAGCAGGACGGCAUCGUUUACGUGUCCGAUGAAACUAAGCUACGAUCUGAGCCCAACAGCGUUCAACUGAAAUUAAGAUGGAUCGGAGCAAACGGUACCGCGACGACCAAGACGCUGCGAGUGAAUCUGGUUGACGUAUCACCAUCGAAGAUCGUCACGUGCGGGCAAUCGGCUCAAGAGGAGACGCACUCAUGCGCGAACGCGGACACGCGCGAGGAAUGCGAAAAAUCCUGCGGAGUCGGCAGCGGAGUCCUUAGCAAGGGCAGUUUUAUCGGCCGAUGCGUUUGGAGAGGCAACAACACUGCUCACAUGUCGAAAUAUUAUUCCACCUGUUCUCCGAAUCUGUUGUUCUGUCCGGACAACGAAUGCGACGAACUGGAGCGCACCGUUCCGCACAUCUGUCCGCAAGACUGCAUCAACGAAUUUUGCGUGGAAUUCCAGCCGGACCCGAAGUGGGAAUUUCCACGAUCGCUCCUGAAAAUCGAACAGGUGCUGGGCGAGGGUGAGUUCGGGCGCGUUUUGCGCGCCAAAGCCAUGAACAUCGGUGGGAUCCCCGGUCCCACGACCGUCGCGGUGAAGACUCUGAAGGAGGACGCGUGCACCUCCGAACUGGCGGAUCUGCUGUCCGAGUAUCAGCUGUUGAAGGAAGCGCAGCAUCCGAACGUGAUUCGAUUGCUGGGCGCUUGCACGACACCGCCGGGCGCGCCCGUCUAUCUCAUCAUCGAAUUCGCCGAAUUCGGCUCCUUACGAAACUAUCUGAGGCGCAGCCGGCACUUGGAGUCAGAGAGUAGAAUGCUCGCACCGACGUCUCUGCUUUCCACCUCGCCGAUCAACGCCAGCGAGGAAUCGCAAUGCAGCGAUAAUGCAUUGGACUAUACUAUAACGCCACGUGAUAUCCUCUCGUUCGCCUGGCAAAUAAGCAAAGGGAUGGCAUACCUGACCGACAUCAAGUUGGUGCAUCGGGAUCUCGCGGCGAGGAAUGUUUUGCUCGCAACCGGCAAGGUUUGCAAGAUCUCGGACUUUGGUCUAACUCGUGACGUGUAUGAAGACGAUGCGUAUUUGAAGCGUAGCAAGGGACGAGUGCCCGUAAAAUGGAUGGCGCCGGAAUCCCUGGCUGACCAUGUGUACACCAGCAAAUCGGACGUUUGGAGCUUCGGCGUGCUCCUGUGGGAAUUGGUCACGUUAGGAGCUUCCCCGUACCCUGGAGUGGACGUGCAUAAUCUCUACAAUCUGCUGAAGGCCGGCUAUCGCAUGGAGAAGCCGUCUAAUUGCUCGCUACAGUUAUACAAGCUGAUGGUAUCCUGCUGGCAUCAGGAACCUGGCAUGCGACCGUCGUUCAAGGAACUGACCAGCCAUUGGGAGCGUAUGCUGGAGGAUGGUGUCGAGUAUCUUGAUCUUAAUCCACGAACCGUCCAUAAUCAAGCUUACUUUGCGUCUCUGCCGGCUUUGGACAACGCGAGUGGUUCUGGUAACGAUCAGGUGGACAACGGGACUUUAAGGACAGACACCGUCAACUACCUCGGCCGGAUAUCUUCUGAGCCCGUCACUAAGUGCGACAAGGUGGACAAAUUGCAGGCGCUGUGGCAGCCAUCCAUAGCGUCCUUCCCCGAGGAAUCCAUGAAGUCGCCCUACGUGAACGAGCGACCUGCGAGCUUUAACGCCAAUCAUUACGAGAGCCCGAUAAAGCUGAGGAACACCAGCGUAACCAGCAACAGCGAAAACGACUUGAAAACACCUCCGAACGAACGUCCUCAGUCCUACAUCGAUAUGCAGGGGAAGAAACCGGCGGAAACGGAGGAUCUCUUGGUAUUUGGGAGCAUGGACGACGACAAGAACGACAAUAACGUGACGAAUUGAUCGACGUAAUCUCACGUUGGACAUUUGACAAAUGAGAAAAAUUCAAAAUGGAAAACGCAUGAGUUUUCCGAGUCUCGACGAGCCUUCGUAGUCUUGGGGCGAGUACGCGGCGGAAAGAAAGUAAAGGUAGCUAAUUGAGGGAGCAAUUGUUGAUCGCGAAUUACGCGAGAAAGAGAGGAAUAUUUAUUUAACGAGGAAGUGUGAGAGAGAAUUGUGUGCGAGCGAUUGGAAGCGAAUGAUUCGCAUGGGAUGAAAUGGAACUGCGCGAAAUGACGAUGGCGCUGGAUGAAUGAAAAUUUGUAAAAGCAAAUAUUAUAACGCCGUCAGGUAAGUCGCGAUUUUAAUUGUGUCGCGGGAAGAAUUCCUGAAAGAAUUCUUAAUCGAAUGGAACGCUCUGUAGGAAGUUAGGGAUAAACUAUAUCGCGCGGUUGCUAUACCAAGUAUAAAUUAAUAAUUAAUUUGCCGUGUUUUUAUGUACUUAAAGUCGUACGGCUGUAUGUUGAUCACCACUGAUAAGACCGCUUUUAAUACUAUUGAUAAUAAUAGUUGCGCAUUAUAAUCAUUCGUGCGAUUUCUCGAAAAAGAUCAUCGUACUCUUUCAGCAUUUGAAAAUCUUCUGUACGUUACACCACGCAACUGUGAUGAGGUUUGAGGAUCGUUGCUCACUGAGAACGCCAGGCUUUCCAAACUAAAGACGACAAGUUAUUUUCUAGUUGUCGUUAGCAAUUUCUGUUAAACAAUGCGAGCUUCAAUGGUGCAAAUAGGCGAGGAAACAUCUCCACGUUUAAUUUAAAACGUUUCACCCGAGGCGUAAUUUACCAGCGUCGUUAAUCGUUUUAAACCUGAGAGGCUGCAGAUUUGGUCUUCCAUCAAAUCUUUUUUGAUAGAUAGAUCCGUUUGUGAAGUUGUACGGCACCUUAUUCAACUUAACUUCGUCACGCUUCCUUUCGAAAGGAGAUACUUUCUAUUGUCGCACUAGCUUUCGUGGCUUUCGUGUGUCCGACGCAACGAAGCAGCAGAUCGCACGCAGAUCGAAGUGAUAACCGACCGAAGCAUAAGGGUAGUAUUUUCUACGAGACUCGUGUGCGGGCUCCGGUUAGCGCGACGUCAUAUCCGAAGAAGACUGUGUUUUGCCGUACCUCAUUGGGAACGGAAAAUCGUCCCUUUUGUAUUUACGUAUAAGAUGCAACAUUCCACCCACGAUUAGCCUAGUUACUUCUCGUACAGAUUUUAUAUCACGACUGCGUAUAAUUUCGACUAGUACACGUUCACGGGCUACACGUUUCGAUGUUUCCCUGUUUCCUUUUUAAACUCUCCGGGGCGUUGACGACAACGAUGUGGGGCACGCACGUUACAAGCCGUUAAUAUUGUGCCAUCUUAUUUUCUUGUAACUAAUAUAUCACAAGAACAUAUAAAAGGCGCUUCAAAAUGGA